UCGCGGCGCGUGCGCAGAGAGCGGCGCGCCCGGCGUGAGGCACGGAGGGGACGGGGCGCCUUUUCCCUUCCCUCCUUCCUUCCCUCUUUUCCUCCUUCAUUCCCUCCGUCGUUCCUUGGGCUGCCAGGGCCGGGAACCGGGAGCUCGGAGAAGGGCGCUGCCCCCGCGSGGAGGGCGGGCUGCAGCUGACAGUGAGGAAAUGAACCGAGGGCUGCUGCUGAGRUUUGAAAAUCUGGUGCAGCUCCGUGGUGCCUGCCGGCAGCUGCGUGCCCUGUCCUCCAGGAAGGUUUGUGGAGCACMAUGGAAGCCUGUGCAGUCAUCUCCACAUCCCGUGGGGUCCCUCCUGCAUCCGCAGCUCUGGCCAAAAGAGAGAUUAAUCAGUGCUGCCUUAUCACAGUGCAGAUAUCUAGCCACAAAAGAGGAGACAAAAAAGAAGAAAAAGAAGAUUGCACUGACAAGAGGUGAAGUGGAGAUAAAGCAGAUGAUGACUGUGGAGGAGCUGGCACAAGCUAUGGGCAAAGACAUAGAUCAUAUUUAUGAAGCGCUGCUGUACACAGACAUUAACCUUGAUUCAGUAGAACCAGACUCUGUCUUACAGGAAGACCACAUUAAGAUGAUUGUUCAAAAAUCAGGAAUGAAGUAUAAAUCAGCAAAACUGAARGAGGAAAAGGAAAGAAAAAACACAGAUGCAGUGAAAAGGCCUCCUGCAGACCCAGCAGAUCUGACCCCACGGCCGCCAGUUGUCACCAUCCUGGGACAUGUUGACCAUGGGAAAACAACCUUACUGGACAGCCUGAGGAAAACCCAGGUGGCGUCCAUGGAAGCAGGAGGCAUCACACAGCACAUYGGUGCUUUUCUUGUGCACAUGCCUUCUGGGGAAAAGAUAACCUUCCUUGACACUCCUGGCCACGCAGCCUUUUCAGCCAUGCGGGCAAGAGGCACCAACGUCACCGACAUUGUCAUUCUGGUGGUGGCAGCAGAGGAUGGAGUCAUGCAGCAAACUAUAGAGUCCAUCGAGCACGCCAAAAAUGCAGGAGUUCCUCUUGUCCUCGCCAUUAAUAAAUGUGACAAACCUGAAGCUGAUCCUGAAAGAGUAAAGAAAGAAUUGCUGGCUUAUGAUGUGGUCUGUGAAGAGUUUGGAGGUGAUGUUCAAGCUGUAAAUAUUUCUGCACUCAAGGGGGAAAACCUGAUGGUUUUGGCAGAAGCCACUGUUGCUCUGGCAGAGAUGUUGGAACUGAAGGCAGAUGCCACGGGGCUGGUGGAGGGGACUGUCAUUGAGUCUCGGAAAGACAAAGGGAAAGGUCCACUCACCACAGCCAUCAUCCAGAGAGGAACUCUGAGGAAAGGCUGUGUUCUGGUUGCAGGGAAGACCUGGGCAAAAGUGCGUUUCCUGUUUGAUGAGAAUGGCAAAGCUAUGGAUGCAGCUUCACCAGGUAUCCCCGUGGAAAUCAUGGGCUGGAAGGAAGCCCCUUCAGCAGGAGAUGAAAUUCUUGAAGUAGAAUCUGAGCAAAGGGCACAGGAAGUUGUGGCUUGGAGAACCUAUGUUGAACAACAGGAGAAGCUGAAAAAGGAUAUAGAAGUUAUUGAAGCAAAGCAAAAGGAGCACAGGUUGGAAUAUAAGAAGAAGCAGGAGAAGCUGGCCCACCUGACCUGGAGACAGAGGAAGGCAGUGCUCUACAAGGCCAAUAAGCAUCUGGCGUUUUCAAGGCCUAAAGAGAGGACAGAGAUGGAUGAAAAUACACUGUCAUUAAUAGUUAAAGGUGAUGUGGAYGGAUCUCUUGAAGCUAUUCUGAACAUUCUGGACAGCUACGAUUGUGAGGAUGAAUGUAAACUGGAUAUUGUCUACUUUGGAUUGGGAGACAUCAGUGAAAAUGAUAUCAGUCUAGCUGAAGCAUUUAAUGGUGUUAUAUUUGGAUUCAGUGUGAAAGCCAAUGAAAGUAUUAAAAAGCUGGCUGAUAAAAAGGGAAUAAAAAUUAARCUUCACAACAUCAUCUACAAACUUGUAGAUGACUUGAAGGAUGAGCUGAAUUGCAGGCUACCCUCAACUGUGGUGGAUACUACAAUAGGGGAAGCUUCUGUUCUAGACACAUUCUCUGUCACAGUAGGAAAAAACAAAAUUCCAGUGGCMGGAUGCAGAGUGCACAAGGGGCUGCUGGACAGAAAAAUGAAGUUUAAGCUAAUCCGUAACAGGGAUGUGAUUUGGAAAGGAUGUUUAUCAUCACUGAAGCACCAUAAAGAUGAUGUCCAGGUAAUAAAAACAGGAAUGGAUUGCGGAUUGAGUUUGGACAAAAAUCUAGAAUUCAAUAUUGGAGAUGAAAUUAUCUGUUAUGAAGAAAAAGAAGUUCAACAGACAACUUCCUGGGACCCAGGAUUUUAAAGACAUUUUAACACAUGAACACUAAAGGAUAUAUAUUAUAUUGCUGGCUGGCAUUGAACUCUUARUAUUAAAUCAACUUUCAGAGAUGCACAGGAGCUGUUCUUUGUAUGAAAGCAUUUCUGAUAUAUUUUAUAUCCAAGAUGUUCUGCUCUUCUAUCAUGUUAAGCAACCAGCUGCCCUCACUGAAAAAUGGGAUAAACCACCAGAGUAACUACAUGCCCAGACUUCAAGUGUAUAAAACUAUCCUGCGUGUAUAAAACCACCAUUGAUGACAAUCUCCUGGAUCUAAAAUAGCUGAGCCAUCC